AUGGAUCGCUUUCAAUGGUUACCAGAAGAUAUAGUGGAAGAAAUUGUUUCGAGAGUCCCUUACAUAUUUCACAAUGAGCUUAGGUAUGUAUGCAAAAUGUGGAAGACAAUUAUAGAAAGUGGCAAAAUCUACAAGGAAAGAAUCAGUUCAGGUUCAUCUGACAAACUUGUAUGUUUUCUGGACCAAUCUGAUGACUGUAAUAGAAUUGCAGUCUAUGAUCCAGUUCACAACUCAGUGGCCAAAAGUCCUUCGGUGCCCUCUAAAUUUCAGUUUACAAGGUUUUCUCACUGCUUAUGUGUCGAUCAGAAAUUGAUUGUGCUAGGUCUGCAAUAUGAAAAUCAACCAACGGGGACAACUAUGGUUUUUGAUUUUAUGUCUUGUAGAUGGAAAACUGGAGCAGAAAUUCCUAUUGAUAAAUUUGGAUAUCAACUUGCAUGUUGUGCAUCGCCUGAAAGACUGGUUUACAUUGCUGGAAGAAGUAAAAAAGCAGCAGUUUAUGAUGUGGGUGAAGACAAAUGGGAGCUUCUUCCUGAAAUGCCACACUCCAUAUCGUGGGCGAGGGGUUAUUACAUUGAUGGGAUGUUUCAUGUGGUGACCAUCUUUGGGACACUUAAUUACCUGAGCAAUCGAUGCAAUCCAGUGGCUAAACAGUGGGAAGUGUUGCAGCGAUUUGAGUUGCUAAGAUAUCCUCCGUUAUCUUUUGUAGCUGAUUCUGGGCAUAUAUAUUCCUUUGGAGAGUACAAUGUGAUGGAAUUUGACUGCUUAAGGAAGAUGUGGAUGGAAGCAGGAAACCCUCCUUCACAUCUAAAUUGGCUUGGUAGCACUGAGUCUCAUAAUAACAUAUUUCAAUUUGUGACAGGAAAGGCAGAUGGUUCUCCAAAAUUCGGGUUAUGGUCGAACACUUCAAGUAAUUUUUCAUGGCGGUGGGUUAUUAGAGACAGGUCGAGAACCACAACAUGGAGUUACUAUAAUUCUCUCACAAUCGUUGAAAUUUGA